AUGCCUGAGCAGAGCAACGAUUAUCGCGUGGCCGUGUUCGGGGCAGGUGGUGUUGGCAAGAGCUCGCUGGUGUUGAGGUUUGUGAAAGGAACGUUCCGGGAGAGCUACAUCCCCACGGUGGAAGACACCUACCGGCAGGUGAUCAGCUGUGACAAGAGCAUCUGCACGCUGCAGAUCACCGACACCACCGGGAGCCACCAGUUCCCGGCCAUGCAGCGGCUGUCCAUCUCCAAGGGGCACGCCUUCAUCCUGGUCUACUCCAUCACCAGCCGGCAGUCCCUGGAGGAGCUCAAGCCCAUCUACGAACAGAUCUGCGAGAUCAAGGGGGACGUGGAGAGCAUCCCCAUCAUGCUGGUGGGCAACAAGUGUGACGAGAGCCCCAGCCGCGAGGUGCAGAGCAGUGAGGCCGAGGCCCUGGCCCGCACGUGGAAGUGUGCCUUCAUGGAGACCUCGGCCAAGCUCAACCACAACGUGAAGGAGCUCUUCCAGGAGCUGCUGAACCUGGAGAAGCGCAGGGCCGUGAGCCUGCAGAUCGAUGGCAAGAAGAGCAAGCAGCAGAAGCGGAAAGAGAAGCUCAAGGGCAAGUGCGUGGUCAUGUGA